AUGUCAUUCAAAGACUUAUUAGUUGAAAUCGGACCUGAUAAUUUAUUAACUGAUAAGUUAUUACCUUUAUUGUUACAAUUAAAGCCAAAUGACGUCGAUCAAAGUAUUGCUUUGAUUGUAUCAGAGAUUUUAUUUCCUAAUUCUCAAGGUGCUGGUUUCUUAAGUCCAAAGAGUGCUCCUGAAGCUGAUGCCGAUGGUGCUCUCUUACAAACUUGCUUUAAAACUUUAGAUCAACAAGCUAAUUUUAGAAUUAACUGGUAUGAAGUCUUUUCAGAAGUUCAUAAGAAUUUAUUUCCUUCGUCUCAAAGAAAUAUUGCUCCUUUACCUUUAAGUAUUCAUCAAUUAUUAUCAUCAUUAGAUUUUAAGGAAGGUCCUCUUGAUAUAUUCUUAAAUUAUGAUUGGUGGUUUAAUAAAACUUUAUUAUCUGUAUUACAAGCCAUGCCCAAUCAACAAAAUCCUGGUGCUUAUGAUAUCACUUUGUCAAACAACUUGGCUCUUUGUUUACCAUUUGAGCAACCCCAACAACCACCAAAGGCAAAAACUAUUUUGAAAUUUAUAAAUAUUACCAAAUUAGAAUUACAAGUUAUAAAGCAAAUCCAACAACAACAGCAACAACAAAUAUCAGAUGGUGAACGCCAAUUGAAUGCUUUCAUAACUCAACGUUUCGAACUUGAUUACAGAACGUACCCAGAAUAUCUUAUUGUUGCCGGAAUUAGUUUAGCAGAACAAACUCCAUUUAUCACCGAUUUGAUUGAUAAUUCAUUUGGAAUCCUUAUAGAAUCUGAUAAUCCAGCAAUCAAUGAUGUCUUGAAUACUGUAAAGGAUCAAGGUCCUGAUUUUAUAAUUCAAAGAUUUAUUAAAUUUUAUCAAACCAGAAAUACCGUUGAAACAGUUGACAAAUUGCUUUCUAUAGCAGGUAAACUUGGUAUUGUUGAUCAAUUAUUAAUUACUGUUGGUCAAAUUGAUCCUAAAAUGUCAGCCAAAUUCAUAGUUGAAAGUUCAUUGUAUGGAAUUGAUUUUAAAUCAUUGAUUGAAUCUAAAACCAAAGAUCCUCAAUUGAAACAUGAAUUUUAUCCUGCUUUAUUACAAGCGGUCGACGAAAGAGCUCAAAGAGAUUAUAACGUAAUUCAACAAAUUCCUCAAGGUUCAGUUUUACUUGGUGAUGAUCCUAUAAACGUUUUAAGAUUGCCAGUGGCUAAUUAUCUUUUAGAUAAAUUAAAGUCGUCGAAUGGAUUAGUGGAUAGUGAUAAAUUGAAAAAUUUACAAUUGUUAGUUUUAACAACUUAUCCGAGAUUAAUCAAUUUUGGUAAUGGUCACGACGAAGCAAUUUUGUCCAAUGCCGAAAAUUCAAUUUGUUUCUUACCAGCAGUUGAACAAGAAAUGAAAUCAUCUUAUAAAAAGAUGUAUAAUAAAGAAGUCGAAAUUAAAGUCAUUGUCGAUAUGUUAAUUGCCAUGAAAAAUAGUGAUGACCCUCAUCAACAAGAUGUUUUUGCUUGUAUGAUUCAUUCUUUAUUGGAUGAAUAUAAAUUCUUUGCUGGUUAUCCGUUAGCUGCAUUAGCAUCCACUUCACUUUUAUUUGGGGCUUUAUUAGAAAAGGAAUUAAUUCAAGGUACUACUUUGACUGUUGCAUUGAAUUUUAUUUGGGAGUCUUGUAAUCAACCGCCUGAUUCUCAUUUAUUCAAAUUUGCCGUACAAUCAUUGUAUAAUUUCAAAUCCAAAUUGCAUGAAUAUCCAAUUUAUUGUAAACAUUUAUUAGAAUGUCGUUCAUUAAAUCAACAUGCUAGAAUGUUUCAAAUAGUUAAGGAUGCUGCAAAUGGAAUUCCAUGUAGUAAUCAAAAUGCUACUCCAACUCCUGAAGCUACUGGUCCAAAGUAUCAAUCAAUUACUGUUUCAGAAAAAUUGGUUGGAACUGUUGAACAAGAAGAACCACCAGCAAAUAUUUCAGAUAGAUUAUUAUUUAGUGUCAACAAUAUGACUGAAGAUAAUUUAAGAUUAGGUGAAGUCAAUGAAUUAUUAAGAGAGAGUCAUUAUGCUUGGUUCUCUAACUAUAUUGUUGUCGACAGAGCGAAAGCUGAACCAAAUAAUCAUGGAUUAUAUGCCAGAUUAGUUAAAGCUAUUGACGAUCCAAUUUUUUAUGGUUACAUUUUAAGUAUCACUUUAAGUGAAAUUGACCAUAUAAUCAGAAAUUUUAGAGAUUCAAGACCAGAAAGAAAUCAAUUGAAGAAUUUAGGUGCUUGGUUAGGAAAAAUUACUUUAGGUGAAGACAAACCAUUAAGAAGAGAUCAAAUUGCUUUGAAAUUCUUAUUAGUUGAAGCUUAUGAUUUUAAAACCUUAUCUUUAAUUAUUCCAUUUGUGGCUAAGAUUUUAGAUCAAGCUCAGUAUUCAAAAGUCUUCAGACCUCCUAAUCCUUGGGUUUUGGGUAUAAUUAAGGUGUUGGCUGAACUUUAUGAGUAUGCCGAGUUAAGUCUUAACUUGAAGUUUGAGAUCGAAGUUUUAUUGAAUUCAUUUGAUUUAAAAGUUAAAGAUAUUACACCUUCAACAAUCAUUAAGGACCAUAAUCCUGAUCCAACUGCUUUAGCUGCUAUGUUUGGUAUCCAUCCUGAAACUGUCAGUUUGACUAAUGAAAUUACCAGAUUAAGUUUGGAACAACAACAACCUGAACUUCAGCCACAAUACUUGGGAGGACCACAAAAACUUCCAGGUGUCGGACCUGAACUUGGUCCAGUUGGUCCUAAUUUGGGUCAACCACAACUCCAACAACCGCUCCAAGCUCAAGUACAACCUCAACAACCUCAAGAAGGUUUAGACACAAGCUUCAGUAAUUUGAUUGGUACAUCUAUAUUCAUUCAGAAUCCAAAUUGGAGAAGAGCGUUCCAAGCUUCUUUAACUAGAGCUGUUCGUGAAUGUGCAGUUCCUAUUUUAACUAGAGUUUCUGAAGCAGUUCUCACUACAACUGAAGCACUUGUUAGAAAAGAUUUUGCUAUUGAAAAAGAUACCAUUAAGUUCCGUAAUAGUUAUCAAAAUUUAGCCCAACAAUUAGCUCAUAGUAUGGUGUUAUGUAGUGGUAAAAAGGUUUUGUCUGAAAGUAUUGAAAGUGCCAUGAUCCAGCUUUUAGGAUCAGUUGAAGAAAUUCCAUUAGGUGAAUUAAAUACUGCUAUUUUAGAGAAUGUUGGUUUAUGUGUUGACAUCGUUGAUAAAAUUGCACAAGAUAAUAUUAGUGAAUUAAUCGAUGAAAGAAUGAAAAUCCAUGUUUUAUUACGUGAACAACAUAACCCUGCUCAACCAUUCAUUGACGAAGGUGCUUCCGAAUAUGCUAUGAGAUUGCCAGAUCCAUUAGGUUUAAAACCAGAAGGUCUUUCAGCUGCGCAAUUACGUAUCUAUGAAACAUUUGGUAACAACCCUAACGUUACUGAUGACAAUAUCAUUGCUCCACCAAUUGAAACUCAAGUUGUGGCUCCAAGACAACCAAUACAACAACAACAACAACCAGAAAUUUAUGCAUCAGACCAGUUAUACAACAUAAUUCAACAACAUUCUCAAAAGGCAAUUCAAUUGGCUACUGAAGCUCAAGAAACUACGAUAAGCGAACUUAAUCCAAACCAUCCAAUCAUGGUGGCUUUAAGUCAAGUUUUAUCACUUGCUCAAAAUAAUGCUAUUAAAUACCCUGAAUUGUUAUUAAAGGUUGCUCAACAUGCAGUAAAUUAUUUAUUUACUCAAGGUCACGAGAAUCCGUUAGGCACUGAAAUUUAUGUAGUUAUUUUGGAUAAAUUAUGUGAAUAUUCUCCUUCAACCGCUAAAGAUGUUACUUGGUGGUUAGUUCAUUCCGAAGAUCAACGUAAGUUUAAUAUGCCAGUUAUGCUUUCAUUAUUAAAGGUUCAAUUAGUACUGCCAUUAAAAUUGGAUUCUUCUUUAGGGAAGCUUAUUGCAGAAUCUGGUAAUCCAAUUGUGGUUAAAUUUGCUGCUAAUUUGUUGCUGAGUGUAUUUAGUGCAUCUGAACCACAACCAAUUGCAUUAAGAUCUGAAUUUGCCUAUACUUUAGAUAGUCUUAGUAAAUUUGUAUCUGAUGAUUCAACUGAGGAACUUAGACAAGCUAAGAUUGCUAGAGAUAAUUUAUUUGAAGUUUUAGGUAAUUUAGCAUCUCCAGCCUCUAAUCAAUUAUAUUCUCAAUUAGGUUACGUCUUUUCAGAGUGGGUUAAACUUUUAACUCAUCCAGAGCAAUCUGAUGAUUUACAAGAUCAAUUUAUAGAAGGUUUAUUAGCCAAUGAGAUUUUAACUGAUCCUGAAUAUUUCCAAACUUUCUUCAAAUCUGCUGUUGAACUUUCAAUUACAGUUUUUGCAACUGAACAUGAGAUUAGAACCAAGACAUUACAUGAAUCCUAUUUAGCUGUAGAUUGUUUAGCUAUGUUGAUUAUUAAAAUCAUUUUAAGAUUUGAAUCUUCAACUGAAGCAAUUAGUUAUUUGAAGAAGAUUAUUCCUAUUAUAUUAUCUGCAUUAGCUAAUGAUCAUGAAACCGAAGGUUCUAAUUGGAAUGAAAGAGCUUAUUUCAGAUUAUUUUCAUCCAUCUUAUCAUUUUGGAGUGAUUCUACUAUUGUCGAUAUUGAAUCAGCCAAAUUAUUGGAUGCCACAUUUUUAAAUUAUAUGGCAGAAGUUUUAACUUUGGUACAACCUAUUAUCUUCCCAGCAUUUAUAUUUGCAUGGAUUACAUUAAUUAGUCAUAGAAUGUUAUUACCAAGAUUAUUAGAAUUACCUGAUAAAGCUGGUUAUAAUUCAGUGGUUAAAUUAUUAAGUGCCUUAUUGAAAUUCCAAUCUAUUUAUUCUAGAGAGGGUAAUAAUGACGUAUUUAAUGUGAUCUUUAAAGCUAUUAAUAGAAUUUUCAUUGGUAUUCUACAUGAUUAUCCUGAAUUUUUAGUGGAAUGUCAUUAUCAAUUGAUUACUGCUUUACCAGUUGGAUUUAUUCAAUUAAGAAAUAUCAUAUUAUCGGCCACUCCAUCUCAUGUUUCGGUACCGGAUCCAUUUACUCAAGGAUUAAAAGUUGAAAGAUUACCCGAAAUCAAUGAAGCUCCACUUGUAUUUUAUUCACCAUGUGAUGAUUUAGUCAAAGUACAAUUAAAGAAACCAGUGGAAAACUUUUUAAGAAUCCCGGCUCCUGCAUUAAUGAGAACCAUUUAUAGCGGAUUAAAAUUAAAUCAUCCUAAAGAAUUGAAUGAAUUUGGUAAGGAUGUUAUUCUGUAUAAUGUUAAAUUGAUUAAUGCUUUAGUUUUACAUGUUGGUAUUUCAGCUGUUGCUGAUAGAUUACCUAAUAAUGUAAGAGGAUUCAAUGUUAGAUCAUCUCAAGUAGCAUUAUUAGUGGAUUUAAUGAAUCAAGGAUCACUGGAAUUCAAAUUCCAUCUUAUUAAUGCCAUUGCUAAUCAAUUACGUUAUCCAAAUAGUCAUACUCAUUGGUUUAUUGGAAUUAUUUUACAUUUUUUUAGUUCUAAUUCGAUUUGGGGUUCAUCUCAAGCCAAAUUAACUGUUCAAGAAUUAAUUACCAGAGUAUUAGUUGAAAGAAGAGUGGUUAAUAAACCACAUCCAUGGGGAUUAACCAUUGUUUUCACUGAAUUGAUUAAGAAUGGAGAUUAUGGAUUUUUUGAUUUACCAUUUGUUAAGGAUGCAUCAUCAGAAGUUCAAAAUAUGUUUGAAGUAUUAUCUGUUCAUGUAAAAGGAUCAACUCCAAGUGGAGACAAUUAA